AUGGUGCACAAGAACACGCAGCAAUCGUACGGCACGACGAAGCCCGGCGUGGCGCUCAUGCAUCAAGCUCAACAAGCACACCGCUCCAACGAUGCAGAAGCGUCCCGUGUCAUCCACAUCGCCAAGAACGGCCACGCAUCGGAAGCACACUUGGACAAUGGAGGGCAUAUCAAGAGUGCGGUGUACGGGGGACUCGACGGCAUCAUCACGACGUUUGCGACCGUGACGUCCGUCGCAGGGUCUGGCCUCCCGCACUCGGUGAUCCUCAUCCUCGGGCUAGCGCACUUGGUCGCGGAUGGCCUGUCCAUGGGGAUGGGCGAUGUCUUGUCCAGCCAAGCCGAGAUCGACCUCGUCCACCACGAACGCGCCCGCGAAAUGUGGGAAUUUGACAACUUUCCUGAAGGGGAAAUGGACGAAAUGGUCGAGCUGUACGAGAAGAAGGGGAUUCCGACGCACGACGCCAAGCUGGUCGUCCACACGCUGGCCAAGUACAAGGAAGCAUUCGUUGACAUUAUGAUGGUGGAAGAGCUCAACCUGAUGCCGGUCGACGAGGACGAGAACCCGCUCAUCGGAGGUCUAGUAACGUUUGGAUCGUUCAUGUUGUUUGGCGCGGUGCCGCUGCUGUCGUACUUGGUCAACCUCGUGCCAGGCAUCCAAUUUUCUGGCGAGCAGGCACUGUGGGGAUCGUGCGUCCUCACGGCCCUCACGCUCUUUCUCUUGGGCGCUGUCAAGGUGAUGACUCUCCAUGGGCUGCUGCUGCUGCUGAUACUGUUUUGUACAGGGUCAAUAUGGUCUGGCCUCCCGCACUCGGUGAUCCUCAUCCUCGGGCUAGCGCACUUGGUCGCGGAUGGCCUGUCCAUGGGGAUGGGCGAUGUCUUGUCCAGCCAAGCCGAGAUCGACCUCGUCCACCACGAACGCGCCCGCGAAAUGUGGGAAUUUGACAACUUUCCUGAAGGGGAAAUGGACGAAAUGGUCGAGCUGUACGAGAAGAAGGGGAUUCCGACGCACGACGCCAAGCUGGUCGUCCACACGCUGGCCAAGUACAAGGAAGCAUUCGUUGACAUUAUGAUGGUGGAAGAGCUCAACCUGAUGCCGGUCGACGAGGACGAGAACCCGCUCAUCGGAGGUCUAGUAACGUUUGGAUCGUUCAUGUUGUUUGGCGCGGUGCCGCUGCUGUCGUACUUGGUCAACCUCGUGCCAGGCAUCCAAUUUUCUGGCGAGCAGGCACUGUGGGGAUCGUGCGUCCUCACGGCCCUCACGCUCUUUCUCUUGGGCGCUGUCAAGGGUCAAUAUGUUGGCCAAAAGUGGUUUGUGUCGGGGUUGUACAUGGCGGUGAACGGGACGGUCGCGGCCGGCACGGGAUGGAUCAUCGGCUACCUCCUCCAACUCACCGGCGUCCAGAACGUCGCGCCGGGAUAG